AUGUCAAGAGCGUCCACCCCAUCGCUACCCGUCUACCAUGCCUCAGCCGGACACUCCAAGACUUCGCGGGACGCAUCGCCGUCGUUGCAGCCCUCGGCGGCCUCAAAACGCACCAGCGCGCCUUCUUCAAUAACAUCGUCGUACUCGCUUCUGUCCUCACAAGAAACUGCCCACAAACUGUCCACGUCCAUCACCCACGGCCUCUCCUCCUCAGACGCCGCCGCGCGCAUUCACCAACAUGGCACCAACGAACUCCCACACGAAGAACCAGAGCCGCUGUGGCUGCGCUUUGUCAAGCAGUUCAAAGAGACGCUCAUAUUGCUCUUAUUGGGCUCCGCCGCUGUCUCUCUCCUACUGGGCAAUCUGGAGGAUGCCGUCAGCAUAGCAGUGGCGGUGACCAUUGUCGUAACCGUGGGCUUUGUGCAGGAAUAUCGCUCGGAAAAGUCGAUUGAAGCGCUCAAUCAGCUGGUUCCGCACUCUGCACACAUCAUUCGCGCGGGAGUAGAGCCGACAAGAAACGGGCGGGUGCCCAACGGCAUCGCUACCGAAGCCAUUGAAAUGGAGGAUUUAAAAGAUACCCCUGCGACGUUAGCAGCCGCAGAGAGCAAGUCGAGUACCAUAUCCGCCACCCUGCUGGUCCCUGGCGACUUGGUCCUAUUCCACACAGGCGAUCGCAUCCCAGCCGACAUACGCAUCACACACGCCGCAGAUCUCAGCAUCGACGAGUCCAACUUGACGGGCGAAAACGAGCCGGUUACCAAGUCGCCAGAUGUCAUCGCACCUCCGCCAGGCAUCCAACGGCCCGCCUCGCCCUACUAUCCUUCUGAAGCUGCGGGAACCGUGGGCGCAGACAUACGCCUCAACGACCAGAAGAAUAUCGCUUUCAUGGGAACAUUGGUCAGAUCAGGAUACGGACAAGGCAUUGUGGUAGGAACAGGAGCCAACACCGAGUUUGGCGCCAUUUCAGCCUCCUUGGGGGAGAUUGAGAGUCCGCGGACGCCUCUGCAACUCUCCAUGGACCGCCUUGGAAAGGACCUAAGUUACAUGUCAUUUGGUGUCAUCGCCUUCAUUGGCCUGAUUGGACUCUGGCGGGGCUGGAAGUUUCUCGAGGUCUUUCAAAUCGCCGUUUCGCUGGCCGUAGCAGCUAUUCCAGAGGGACUGCCAAUCAUCGUUACGGUCACCCUUGCCUUGGGCGUGUUGAGAAUGUCCAAGCGAGAUGCCAUCGUUCGACGGCUGCCAAGCGUAGAGACGUUAGCUUCCGUUAAUGUUGUGUGCACCGACAAGACAGGCACACUAACAACGAAUCAUAUGACUGUCACAAAGAUAUGGCACUUCGAUGAGGCGCUUCCAGUGGAUAUCAAGAAGAAGCAUGCGUCCACAGAUCUCGAUCCACCCACUCGCAAAAUUCUCCGAAUCGGUAAUAUUGUGAACAACGCCCGUCUGCUCAGCGACCAAGCUGCAUCAGCAGCAUCAGCAGCAGUUCUGUCUUCAACGUCUUUUGGAGACGACAACGCCACCACAAAGAGCCGCUGGGUAGGCCAGCCCACAGAUGUUGCCUUACUAGACCUUCUAGACGCAUUUGGAGAAGAUGAUAUCCGGGAACGACUCGGUGACCGCAAGUUUGAAACACCUUUUAGCUCCGAGAGGAAGUGGAUGGGUGUUGUGAUCAGUGGAAGUGCAUGCGGGGAUGUUACCCCAGGCUCUGACUUUGCAUACGUCAAAGGCGCUCUCGAAAGAGUGCUUGAUCGAUGUGACACAUACGUUACCGCUCAGGGUCGGGAAUUUGUUCUAGAUCAAGCAAAGAAACAAGAAGCUUUUGAUGCUGCAGAGUCCAUGGCGCAAGAAGGCUUACGUGUUCUCGGCUUCGCAAGUGGAUCAUCAAAGAGUAAAAAGAAGGGAGCCAGCGGGACUUCGACACCAGCUACGACAGGCUCUGCGCUUGGAGAUGACGAGCAAUAUCGUGGUCUUGUCUUCGCUGGACUCGUCGGCAUGAAUGAUCCGCCACGAAAGGGUGUGGAGAAGGCGAUUCGACGGCUGAUGGCAGGCAAAGUCAAAGUGAUUAUGAUUACAGGUGAUGCAGAGACCACUGCCGUUGCCAUUGGCAAGAGCUUGGGAAUGCCCAUUACGACCAAUUCAGCGCUUGGAAAGUCGGUCAUUCGUGGUGACGAACUCGACCAGAUGAGCGAUGAGGAACUGUCACAGGCCAUCGCCACGACUUCUGUGUUCGCGCGCACCAGCCCUGAACAUAAGAUGAAGAUCAUCCGCGCUCUACAGUCACGUGGUGAUGUCGUUGCCAUGACUGGUGACGGUGUCAAUGAUGCGCCAGCGCUCAAAAAGGCUGAUAUUGGCAUCUCCAUGGGUCGCUUGGGCACAGACGUGGCAAAGGAAGCCGCAGACAUGAUUCUCACAGACGACAACUUUGCAACCAUUCUAAAUGCAAUUGAAGAAGGCAAAGGCAUCUUCUACAACAUCCAAAACUUCCUCACCUUCCAGCUCAGCACCUCCGCCGCAGCACUCAGCCUUGUCCUCCUCAGUACCUUCCUCGGCUUCCAGAAUCCGCUCAACGCCAUGCAGAUUCUCUGGAUCAAUAUCCUCAUGGACGGCCCACCCGCUCAAUCCCUAGGCGUCGAGCCCGUCGACCCAGCCGUCAUGGCCCUCCCUCCUCGCCCCCGCCACGCACGCGUCCUAACGCGGCCCCUCAUCCAACGCGUCCUACAAUCCGCAACCAUCAUCAUGCUCGGCACCCUCACAACCUACUACCGCGAAAUGUCGAUUGACAACCAAGUCACCGCGCGCGAUACCACCAUGACGUUUACCUGCUUUGUCCUCUUCGACAUGUUCAACGCGCUCACCUGCCGCUCAUCGAGCAAAUCCAUCCUCGCGGGCGAGAUUGGCCUCUUUGAUAACAAAAUGUUUAAUUAUGCGGUUGCCGGCAGCUUGCUCGGACAGGCCAUGGUCGUCUAUUUUCCGCCCCUGCAGCGCGUGUUUCAGACAGAGGCGCUCGGCCUCGCCGACUGGGCGCAUUUGCUGGCUGUUGCGAGUUGUGUGUUUUGGGCGGAUGAGGGGAGGAAGUGGUGGGUGAGGUGGAAGGUUAGGCGGGGUAUGGGUGGUGGGUAUAGUACGGUUGUGUAG